UGCGGCGCGGUAGAAGUUGGAUGGCUCACAGACAUUUAUCUUUCAUACUUAUCUUUAUGUAGAAACUUGAUAGACACUGGGCCAUAGACAUAUCACUAGACUUUUAUUGGGCUAUCCAGUUUGUCUAGUUCUUCAGAAUGGAGACUUCUUCGAUGGAAAAGGACGAAGUUAUGGUCGAAAAUCCAGUUGUUGAGUCCGAAAAGCUUAGUGAAAUCGUGCCGGUUGAAGUUUCAGAAACUCGUGUUCAGAUGCCGGAAAUAGAAAAAUCACCGAUUUCGCGAGUGAACAUACUGGAUCUUACUAAACUAAACCCCGAAGUUCAGCAGGGCUACCGCGUUUUCAUCGAAAUGUCGGCAGAUUCUUACAAGAACGUAACUUGGCCAUUUUUGGAACCUGUGGACACCAAGGCACUUGGCCUGUGGGACUACCAUGAAAGAAUUAAAGAACCCAUGAGCUUCAAGCAAAUUGGUGAAAAGUUUAACAAGUAUGAAUAUGAGAGCAUCACGGAGGUUAUAGCAGACAUUCGUCUUAUUCUGGAGAACUGUUACCGCUACAAUGGAUCAGAUCACUGGGUUUCCAAACUUGGCCACAAGAUGGAGAAGAUACUGGAGCAAAAGCUGGCUUUGCUGAACAGGUCCCUAAGAGACAAAGUAAGUUUGGAGGCCACCAUGGCAUUGAGGAGUGACUUUGUUCCAACAGAAGUUUCAGAAGGGGCUACUGGACGCAGACGAGCAACUCGCAUUUCUUAUGUCAACAUGAUAAAUGGUGAAGAAUCAUCCUCUUUGCUCACGCGCUUAAAGAUUCAAGAAGAUUUAGAGGAACGUGAGAGACGACGAUUACGUGAGAAGGAGAAAAAAGAGGCCAAUUUGGUUUUGCUUCAAGAUUUAGCAGAGUGGGAGGAAAAGGAGCUGGAUGCUUAUCUGAUAAAACAGCUGCAUUCGAUGUGGGAGAUUCCUUCAAUUGCCAGCUUAUUAUUUCUACUGAAAGAUUUUCUCUGCAUUCAAGAUCUUAGUGUUACCGAGCUUGAGCUAAGCUUUAUUUAUGCUAGUAAAUCCACAUUACUGGCCAGAAUAUUUACAGCUCUAUUGAUUACUCCACACCAGCGGAAAAGCUUGUUUAAAAAGCCUCCAAUGAAAUUCAAAUUGUGGGAAUCCAAGCUGUGUGACAGACUAAACAGCUGGUACAAAGCAACUGAGAAGGAUGGCCAAGUAUUGACUUGCCACCAGUGUGGUUUAGAUUUGGCCACUUUUCAAAUGCUGGGUGAUACAAAUCCUUUACUUGAAAAGUCAUACAUGGAUCUUACUCUUCAUCAGCGCGUGUGGAUUCUUAAAUGUGUCUGUGACAACAGUUUGGUUAGAGACUAUGAUUUACGGGAUUAUCUAUCAUCCAUUGCUGCAACUGAGCAAAGAGAAAUGUUAUUGGGAAAUGAUGCCGACAACUGGACAUACCUCUAUUUCCCAGUCUUCGCUGCUUCUGACUUACGCAUCUACAAGCAGUGUCCUUUAGAAUUUCCAUCAUUAAACAAAAGAAAGAGAAAGGUGGCAACACCCCAACCACCUCCCCUUCCGCCAACUACAACUAAGUCCAAGGCAACUCCAUCACGAUCCGACACACCCACCCGACCCAGGAGAGAUACAAGACUUAGACAGCUUCGAAAUAAGUCACCAUCACCCGAACCGGAAAACGAAAAUCCACCAUCACCGCCGAUUGAAGAAGUACAAGAGCCAAAGAAUACAAUUGCGGAAGGAUUUGAGCUUGCUGCAAGUGACGUCGAGUCCCUUAAAAAGCUCUCUGAGCAAUUUGAAGAACCACCCCCUCCCCCCAAGAAACGUGGUAGGAAGCCCAAGCCCCCACCCCCAAGGAAGCGAUGCGAGGUUGAGUUGCACCAAACUCUAUCAGGUUUGCUUGAAGAACUGGAGAAGUACGAGAUGUCUUUCGGCAAGUUGAUGAGUAAAGCAAAGAUAAAGAUCAUGAAGGAAAGUCAAGAACCUGAGCCAGUAGAUGAACCAGAAGAGGUAACCCCGGUAGAAGAAGCGGAAGAAUGGGGCAGUGAAGAAAGCAUUGAAGAGGACAUUGAAGACGCUGGUGCUCAGAACAUGUCCAGUGACGAAGACUUUGUUCUGGAGGAUGAAGAAAACACGAACAGGACAGAGGCAAGUACUGAGCAAGCAACCAAUAGUGGUGAAAACAGUGACAACAAAGGUGACGUGGGAACACAAAGUGUGCUUCCGCAAAAGAGAAAAGCUGACGAUGCAAAUAUUGUGGAGGGGAGUGAACAAGCUACUGCUACUAGUACAUGUGUUGACGUAGACGAUGAUUCGUGUUCCAUCGCCAUCCAAACGGCUCCUCCUAAACUAAAAAAGAAAAAGAAAAAGCAUUCUCUUGCUGCAGAGAGUAAAACUACCGCUGUGUGUCAAACAGAGGCUGCUAUGGCGUGUCCAACAGGGACUGCUAUGGUGUCUCAAACGGGAGCCUUGGGUGUCUCCCAGAAAGGAACUGUUUUAAAUAAACGCAAUGUCAGUCACAUUCCAGCUGGAAUGCAAGUUGUUCGAGAAAAGAAAAUAGUUACCCUACCAAUAAAAGUUGCUACGGCCGGAAAUGUAGACAUUAAAGUCACUAACACUGUGACGAAAACUGUAUCUGCGCCCUCUGUUGGUACAGCGGCGGUACAUAAAAACACAAGCUCUGCGCAGACACAUCAGAAACUCCCACUAGCCUUCAAUUUAUCGUCAUCUGCUGUAGCACCGCCCGGUUCAGUUGUGGUGGUGCCUUCAUCGUGUAUCAGUGGUACUGUCUCUAGCACGGUGUCUAAGACGUCUUUAUCGGGAACAGUUACUGCUUUACCAGGCUUGGGAAAGGUCAUGUUAGUAUCGAACUCUGGGGUUCCUUUGCAAGUGUUGAAAGCUGUGCCUGUCAGUCAGAUACAAGGGAAAACUAUAAACACUUCUGUCCUGAGCGCCCAGAAAAAUAUCAGGACUAUUCCGGUAAGCGUGCCCCCUUCGCGGACAAAUUCAGUGGGAAUGAGUUCGAUCGCAUCAACCUCUCCUCAACUUCCAAGCGUGUCCAUCCCAAAAGUUUCCAUUGCAGAUUCGGCUACUACCUCCGGUACACUGACGAAUCCAAACAAGGGUAGUCAAGUCAGUACUACAAAUACAUCAUUACACCCCCCUGUUAUUCUAUUGCAAUCCCCGGGGACCGGAGGGGUCGUACCGUUAGGAAUGAAGGGAGGGACGAUCGUCAUGCCUACACCUUCAGCAUCGCAAAAAAUCGUGGUUGUCACCCCGUCAAGCUCAUUAACAUCAUCUACGACAAGCGAAAAAUCGCUGUUAUCUGGAAAAGGUAUUUCUGUAUUGGGAAAUACUCAGGUUGCACAGACUACUCUGGGGCAAGAAGUUAUUUUACCAGCAGCCACCGAGGCUCUGUCGUCGCUGAAACCAGAGGCUAAUACUGCUUCAAACAGUGAGCCUGUGUCCUCAGCGGUUAAAACUCCAUCUCAACCUAAUGCUUCUUCUUCACCCAGGGAUGGUAAUUUAUUGACAACAAUAAACUCGCCAAAUGUGACAUCGACUACAGCUAAAAAUGCUUAUUCGAAUAAACAAGUUACCACAGAAUUUACAACUCCGAAUAAAAAGCUAACGAGAGUGGAUUCAGACCUCGUCAGUGACAUGGUCACACAAACUGUGACGUCAAAUUCUAAUGUUUCAGCUAAGUUAAUGGACACACAGACGUUGCCUUCUGCUUCGCAAGACACUUCUACAGAGUCCACUGCUUCUCAAGUAACAAAUUUGGAGCAAAAUUCUUCAUUUGAGGAUAAGUCUUUGCCAUCACAGAAAAAGAAUUGUCAAACGGAAACCAUUGACAGUGGUGAUGUUAAUGAUAAAACUAAAACAGACUUUUUUGAAAUGGAGCAGGAUUCUAAAAAUGGCUCCGAUUCCUUAGUUGAUCUCACAUGUUAUGAGACAAGUGUAACUGACUCCACAGAAUGUGAGGAGAACAAAGAUUCUGCCCCGAAUGGGCUUCAUCCUGAUCUCAAGAUAUCUCUUCCGACUAAACUCGCAGACACUGAUGUUAAACUUUGUAAUGGAGUGAACCAAUCAACAACUGCCGACUCAAAUUCCAAGAUGGAAGAACUUGAUUUCACAGAACGGAGUCAUUUAGUCGUCGAACAAACUCCCAAUGGCGUUGUAACGAACCAAACUUUAAAAUGAUGAUUGCAAUCUGAUGGAUGCAACGACAUCAAUUUCAUUUGGCUGAUGUGUGACUCACGUGGGCUAAACCCAGCUCCACUGCUUUUUUCUUUCCUUUUUUUUAAACGAAGAUCCAAACUCCUUAUUUCUAAGGGUUCGUAUAAGCGCUUCGUUACAAUAACUCUAGUAAAUUUUGUGGAACAUUUGCUUUUGAAAGAACGAGAGGGUAACGUGUACAAUAGAGUAACUUUACAAAAGGGAAACUGGUUUAAAAUUUUGUGACCCCGAGAGACUUCUAUUUGAGAAAAUAAAUCACUGGAAGUGUUUUUGA